UGCGAAUGGCUGGGAGGUUGGUUACGGCUUUACGGCAACGGUAUCCUCUUUUUAUGAAUGUUUCAUGUUUCAUGAUAAUUGUUUUGUAUGUUCAGUUCUCUUAUCUAUGCAUUCAUUUUUUUUCUUGCUUCGGUUAUCAAUAUCGCGCUUUCUAUUGUGUUCAUAGUACACUGUUAUAUAGCGGUUUCACUAAACGUGUUCGAAGUUUUACCCGUGUCAUUCAUGAAAGUAUCAGAUUUAUCACCACUGAUUCCAUCAAGAACACCCAGCUUUCUUCUAUGGAACUAAUCACAUCCAGUUUUAUUAUCCAGUAAACCAUGAUUUUGCAGUGGGUGAUUUUCAUUCAUCUGGCUCUUCUCUGUUACACCGCUUCAACUGUUAAUCCUCAAAAUAAUAAUGCGAAUGCUCUCUCCGUUUUUAAUGGUGACAGUCGCGCUUUGAUCAUUAAUCGUAACAUCAACAAGGAGCAUAAAGUGCCUCUCCGAGAUGAACGAGAAUGUAGCCAUGAACUAAAACAUUUGUGCCCCGUUGAAGAAUAUGAAUCGGAUGAUUUGUCUAUUCUAACAUGUAUCCAGUAUCUAAAGACCUCUGAAAUUAGUCAAUCAUGUCAGCAUGUGGUUUGGCAGCACACGAUAGACAUUGUCUCUGAUGACAGUCUCAGUAAAAUUAUACGGCCAUUUUGUAAGGAAGAAAUUUCCUGCAAGCAGGAUGUCUUUAGGUGCAUUAUUGAACAUCUACCUGAAAUUAAGUCCAAACCAUGUAUGCGCAUCAUUCACCAAAUUGAAUUAAUAGGUUUUUCCGACUUCAAAGUGAUAUCCAUGUUUACGCAAGACUGUCAAAAUGAUAUUGAAAAGUAUCACUGCGGAUGCUUACCUGGGGAUAGAACUAAAGCAACAUUUUCACAAGGAAAAACCCUUGCCUGCCUUCAAGAGCAUCUAACUUUGUUGGAAAACAAAUGUCGAAAACAAGUGUUACAACUGUCGGAGUUACAGAGUGAUGACGUUGCAUUCGAUCGAGUUCUCGACAAAGCUUGUGCUGAUUUGAAAGCCAGGUUUUGCAAGAAUGUCCAGUCUCCAGAAGAAGUGUACAGUUGCUUGAUUCGUCAUCGAAAUGAUGAUUACAUUAAACAGGAGUGCAGAGAUCAGUUAAUCCGAAGGGAAAAGUUGAUUUCUCAAGAUUUUCAAGUGAGCAAAGGACUCUCUCGGGCUUGCAAAGAGUACAUUAAGAUGUACAGGUGCCGGCGAUGGUUGUCAGAUGACAAGGAAAUCCGUCUUGCUCAGAUUCUGGUGUGUCUGGAAAAUGCUAUCCACAAUGAGACAAGUCAGAUCUCGCCAGAAUGCAUUCGAGAAAUGAAAGAUCAUCGCCAGAUGCUAUUGGACGACUACAAGCUCUCUCCUGAAAUUGUCUCUCAAUGUUCAAAUGACAUUACAAACUUUUGUCAAGGUCUACGCAGCAAAACCAUUCAAUGCCUCAUGGAACACUCUCAUCCAAAUAGGGUUCUUGGCAGAGUUUCGUUUCCCUGCCAAAAACAGUUGGAAACUCUUGUCUUAACAUCUGAUGUUGGUGAAGAUUGGCGUGUGGAUCCUGUUUUACAUGAAGCUUGUCAAUCUGUCGUCAAUAAAUUCUGUCCAGAGAUCAAAGGAGGCAAUGCAAGAGUGAUGUCCUGUUUAAUGGAUAAACUUAAAACUUACAAGAUGACCAAAAAGUGUGAGUCUGCUUUACUGCAAAUUCAGUAUUUUGUUGCACGGAACUUCAGACUUGAUCCACCACUUUAUCGAGCAUGUCGUAUGGAUGCUCAUAAGCUUUGCCAUGCCAAGGUUGAAUGGGCAACUCCCAAUGAAGCAUAUUCUCCGAAAGGUCAAUAUGUCCUUCCAUGCUUGUACCGAUAUCUACGCAACAAGGAAGUCAGUAAAUUGAAACCAGCUUGUAAAGAAGAGGUGCAACGAGUGAUGCGGCAACGUGCUUUAUAUGUUGAGCUGAAUCCAGAAAUCGAGCAAGUAUGUCUAGAUGAUCUUGCUUUGAUGUGUUCUGAAAAAAUGGGCAAAGGAGAUGAAAUUGAUUGCCUCCAACAAAAUCUUGAUCAGCUAAAAAGUUCAUGCCAGGAUGUCAUCAGGAACUACACAGAAGUACAAAUGGAGGAUGUUCAAGUGAACCCAAUCAUCUUGAGAAACUGUGCUGUUUUUAUAGACAAAUACUGUCAGAAUGAAAUUAACAAGGAUGUAAUGGAUUGCCUGAUAAGAAUUAAAAAUGAACAAAGUCUACGAGAGCAGAUGAAAUGUCGGGCCACUAUUGAACACUACCAAUUGAUAUCUCUUCAAGAAUUCCGCUUCACUGUUGCUUUCAAGAAUGCUUGUCAAAGCUAUGUCUCCCGUUAUUGCUCAGUGGCUAAAACUAAACCUCAGAUAAUCGAAUGUCUCAGUGAAAUUGUCAGGAAUGAUACCUUAUCAGAUGUGCGCAAUAAAAUUUCCAAGAAUUGUCGACAACAGCUUCGAUCGCAACUUCUCAGCCAAAGGGAAAAUAUUGAGUUCAACCCCAAAUUAAAAACUUCUUGUCAGAUGGACAUCAAAAAGUUCUGUGCAGAUGUUCCCUCUGGAUCUGCUCGAGUUUUAGAAUGUCUGAAAGAACAGAAGAAAAAACUGUCGGAAAAGUGUCAUCACAUUGUGUUCAAAAUUGAAGAACAAGAUUUAACGGAUAGCUCAACAGAUUAUACUCUUCUAUCAACUUGCAAAACCAUGAUUAAUGCACACUGCCCUGACAUGAGUGAAGCUCUUACGUGCCUUAAAGAGGUGAAGGACCAACCAGGGUUUGAUCUCAAUUGUAAAAUGAUUGUUGUUAAACGCAUCAUUGAGCAGAAUCAAGACUACCGUUUCAACCCUGUGCUCACUAAAGCUUGUAAAGUGGAUAUGGUCAAAUAUUGCUCAGAUCUGAUCAAAUCUCCUCCUGCUGAUACUGAAGUAGAAGGCAAGGUCGUCAAGUGUCUGAAAAUCAAGUUCCGCCAACGGAAAUUGCGAGCUGAAUGCGAACAACAACUUAUUGGCAUUCUGAAAGAAGCUGCUCUCAAUUAUAAAUUGAAUCCACUCCUCCAACAUCUUUGCACCGACGAGAUCAAAUCUCUAUGCGGUGGAAAGGAUGAUGACCAAGAAGGCGGUAGCGUUGAAGAGUGCUUGAAGGUGGCUUUGCAAAAUGGACAGCUGGUCAAUAGAGCUUGUCGUCUAGAAGUUGCUGGACUAAUUGAAGAAACACGAGUAGAUAUACAUGUCGAUCCUUUGCUACACCGUGCUUGUGCAUCUGAUCUUAACGUUCAUUGCUCAGAUACCCCUCCAGGAGGAGGUCGACAUAUCCAGUGUUUGUUGAAUAUUAUUGCUGAUCCUGUCAAAGCUGAAAGUUUAAAUCGCAACUGUCAUGUAAUGUUAUCGCAGAGGCUGGAACUUUUUAGAGAAGCAAGCAACAAUUUUAUUGCUCUCCCACAGAGCAUGGGGGAUCUCUACGGUCAAGUUUCACACUCGCCGCAGAAGAAAUAUUUUUUCCUAAUGUUGUUCUCAUUUAUCGGGAUGGUGUUCCUUUCGGGUCUCUUCUUUGGCCGUGCCUCUCGUCGGUCAGUGUACUCACUUUUAGUAUCAAAUCCUAAGAGCAACAAGUUAUGAUACCAAAAAAAUUUUAGGAUCUGAGGACUCAGUCAAUUUUAUUUUUUGUGGAUGCACCAAAGGCAUUGAAAAGGAGAUCAUGGAAAACACUGAAAAAAGGAACAAUCAGAAGUCCCCCUUUCUUAAAAUACCUGAUGGUUUUUUUCAAAAUCAGAGGUGCAGUUUGGCUGUCUUGCCAUUGAAAUACCAAGGUUUAAAGCAUAUUAUCAAGUGCAAGUGAAAGUUUUGAAUUCUUAUUUGAGUUUUGAUAUGGUGCUGCCAACUGUCAAGUUAGCUGUAAUAUUGGUGAAACGAACGCAACAUAUUGUUUCUAUGUUGUUACUUGACAUGGCGACAAUACCAAGAAGUGUUUGCUGAGCCCAGAAUUGGAGAAAAUGUAUAUGAUUGAUGUAUAUGAUGUAUGUGUUUGAUGUAUGUGUAUGAUUUCGAUUGGCAUGCUUCGGUCAAAUGAGGGCUUCAAAUUUUUCUGAGCCUAGGAAGAAAAAAAUCCGAGGCAGGCUCCCAAGUGCUUACAAUAUGCAAGUAAGCACGAUGUUGUAGACUUCCCCACUUUCAUGCACAGAUUCCAAUUCUUACUUAUAUUGGGCUCUUUCACCCCUGAAUUAUUUAGCCCCCUGGCUCAAAUAAAAAAUCUAGAAGUUUCUCUUUGAUUUAAAUUAAAUUUCAUUUCUAUUGUGUUCAUUGUUUUCCACACAAAACUUCGAUAAUAAAUGAUUUUUACAUGGCUUAGUUCAAGUCCUGUCUGUUGUUGAAGUGUUUAAUUUUUCAAAUGUCUUAGGUGAAUACUUAUGUGAUAUUUAAAACUUGUAAAUUACUUUAAGUUGCUUGGAACUUUUUUUUUUUUAAUCACAAGUGUUAGUCGUACUGUCUAGUUCUUGGCUGAAGGCUUUUACUUUUCAUAUAAGCACUUGCCACUGACUGAGAAAAAAGUGUGAAUCUUUAAUAAAAGAUCAUUUCAAUGUGUUAUUACUAAGGAAGGAAAACAUUUCUAAAAUGGUGCAUUUGUUUUUUUAGAGUGUUAUGUAAUUUUGUUAAGUAGAGUUGUAGAAAACUAAAAGAAAUUUACUUGUAUUUCUUCAAUAGUGUUGACUGUUGCAUUAAUAUUCUUUCAAUUGAAGCGAUAAUGAAGAAAUAAAUGUGAGAGACAUUGCGCAUUAAACAAUGAUGCCGAUAAUUUAGCUCUUCUUGGCUUGUUACUGAUUCACAGCCUAGCUACUUUACAGCUUUGGAUUAAUGACUAAAGUAAAAUUAAGGAGUCGUACAAGAGAGCAAAAAUAUAGUGUAGCUUUAGACCCUACCAGAGACCGUGCUGAGCUUUUUCUUUCCAAAUUGGGAAAAACGAUGAUCUCAUAUGCCGUUUCUCAUGUCCAAAUAUUGCUCUCUUAAAACAACAUGCAAGUUUAGUUUCCUCCUCACUGUUCAAAAAGUCUUUGAGCAAACUGAUGCCACUACUUCUACAUAAGAUUUCGACAUCUAGAGGUAUCAUUUGCUCAAAUGAAAAGUUGAUUUAUAUCAAUCCCUCAACUCUUUAGGACUUGUGUACUUUAAAGUACUGUCUAUUGUUCUAUAAAGCGGCCUUAACACCUUUAUGACUCGUCCUCAAAAAAGAAAAAAAAAACAAUUCAAUUGAGAACAGAGUGAGCAACUUUUGAUAUGUUUUCAUAAAAAUUAUGAAAACAUUUCGAAGUGCAUUUCAAGGCCAAAGGAAAGUAAUUUUGCGAUUUGACUAGAAACUAAAAUACUAUUAUUCUUUCUUUCAGUGUAAAAAUCUUGGAAAGAAAUUCAUAAACUUUAUCUAGUUUUAAAUGUUUCUUGUUACUUAGUAGUUGGAAGGUAAUUAAAUUUAUGUCUUUCUGAAACAAAACAACUUCUUAGAAUAAGUGUAUUUGUUUGUAUAAAUUAAAGUGUAGGACGUAAAAUAGUGGAUGGUUUUUUACCUCAAACUAGUCUGUUUUUAAAAAAAAAAGUUUGAUAAGGCCAAUUGAGCCCGAAUGCAUAAUAUCUUUGCCUCAGUCCCUGUAUUUAAAGGGAAUCUAUAGUGGUCUCCAGGGGCGCUUCAGGGGCUCAGAGGUUUAAUUUUUGUGAUUUUUUACAGCUAUUGUACAGCUUACUUGUAGUUUUAACAAAUCGGCAAAACUUAACAGAGUUCAAUGCAAAGUUUUCAUUUAGUGACCAGAAGCAAUAGUUUCUACCAUUUACCGUGGCUGAAAAAUAAAAACAAUGAUCUCGAAAGAUGCGGGAUUGGAAUACAGAAAUGAGUAAAGUCAUAUGAAACAGUCAUAAAUUGACUGGCAAUGAACAGUUGCAUUUAGCAAUCACAACUGCUUCUUUUACUUCUAAAAGGCGCAAAUCCAUUUUCUCAUGGGAAAUCCAAAAUCUGUGUGACAUCAAACAUUUUCAGGUCUAAUCACACUGGUCCUAAGCUGUAAUUUGAAUUUAAGAUCAAAAUAAUUCAUCAUGCCAAAAAAAGUGACUGUUUCUCUCUUAAAGCUGGAAAAAGUGACUUCAACUUUGCCCUUUUGAUCCUACAUACUUCAUAUAAAUGUAUAAAUAAAAAAAUGUAUAAUGUGUGUACAUGCAUUUGUAAUGUAAUGAGACUGGUUUUAAUAGGCUAAAACAAUGAAAAGUAUCGUUUUCAAGGGUGACCAAGCUGCAAAAUCCCCCUAAAAAUGGUCAUUUACGGUUGAUAAAUAAAAGAUUUGGCAAAAGAAACGAGAUUUACCCAGAAAAGACUGUAAAUCGGCACAUCAUGUAAGUUUACACUAUACACAACCCUUUGUCAGCCACUUUUCACCAUAUUGAUAUUGUUACCUGCACGCUAAAAACUAAUGAACAGACUGAAUUCGGCAAAUGUUAGCCAAGGAUAUAUUACUAUCUAAGCUCUAUCCAAUUAAUGAUUAUUUUCCCUGAGUACAGUUAUUUUUAUGAAUUUAAUUUUAUGUACAAUUUAGAUUUUAAUCUUGUAUCAAUGCAUUUUUGUAUUCUCACUAUCAAUUUUUUGUGUGUCAGCCUUUCACCCUUGUAUUAUAAAACUGGCAAGGGGAAGCUCAGAAGUGGCCGCCUCCAAUUUUGAUGGGGUUUCCGUUGAAGAAUGGUAAAUUAACUAAAUGUUCCACCAGAGCCAAAAAAAUUAUCUGAACCGUAAUACCUUCCUAUCACGCAAGCCCUUAAAUCCGUAAACAUACCGUUUGAAGUUUUGCUUGAACAAGAGGUUAAAGUAAACCACAGAUGAUAAUUGGGCCUCAGUCUGAUGAGUAGGUAAUCUGAUUCUUUUCCAUAUACUUUAGUUUACCUAUUUACAAUUGUCACUGUCAUUAGCGAAAUCAAAGAGAAAAGGAAAAUAGAUGACAAUCGCAACUAACAAUUAACAGCACUUCAUUUUCUAGUGGUUUACAGCAAUCCAGCUUUUUUCAAGUUCCGAUCUCAAGGGAGACGAAUUCAAAACCCACUGACUGCAUUGCAAUGUUUGUUUGAUGCAUGUGUACUAUGAGGUUUCGUCCCUAUACUUCAUUUUCUAAAUUUUUAAAAGUUUCAGGACAAGUCAGAAGAUAAAUCGACAGUGUAAGUCCGCAAUCACGUAUCUCUGUUUGCGAUAUGGCAGACUUCCUGUCAUACUUUAUUUUUUAAAUAGAAAACUACUCGACGGUAAUUCUCUUAAGUGCCGUAAUUUUUCUUCUCUGAGCAAAGAAAAUUCUGCAAAAACUUCAAGCAAUGAUGUCAAUUUGUUCUCCUUUAAAAAAAUAAUACAGAGGUGGAGAUUUUCAAACACCGCGAACAACGUGAUUGCAGACUUAUGCUGUCAAAAUGACAUAUUUGUGAAGAUGCCCGCUUUUUAUGAGCUCAACAUGAAAAUAAUCAGUUAUACAAAUCAAUUGUGAGACCAAGAAAAUUGGAAACAGAGCUGUUAAUUUUUCUUUCUUUCUUUUUUUCUUUCUCUUUUCCCUUUUUUACCCACAUAUGGGAAACAAUUUUAAUUCUCUCCCGAACCUAGUUUCUUAUGAAUCUCUGUCAAAAAUAGACUUAUGUAUUGUAAAUCCUUGUAUGUAGAAGGUCUCAAUUCGCUUUGUUUCUUUCAAAUUACUUAACUUUUAAAUUCCUGCAUUUUACCAAUAAAAACUCAAGCUGUGAACAAUA